AAGUUCCUAAUUAAAUUCUAUUAAAUAUUUUUUGUUGAUUGUUAAGCUUUAUAGUUAGAAAUUGUUUUCACUAUUUGAAACUCAAUUUAUAACCUGCAAGGACACAUACGGAGGGCAACAAUGCAGAUGGUAGGGCCGAAAAGAAGGCGACAUAUUCUAUAGAGCCUGGGCACAGUAGCACUGGCAGAAAGAAUGGAACAUGGAAAGAACGGAAGCAGUCAGCGAUGAGGAGGGCAGCCUUCAAAAAUUGAGUGCAAUUUAGACGACGUUGAUGAGAAAAUGCGUUGAACGUGCUCAAGUUGUGCUCUACGCCUGUGGCCGGGUCCGCAUUUAACCCGUUCGCCAGUUUAACAAAGGCACAAAGCGUUGGGAAAGGCGUCGCGACAACCAAAGCAAGAAAUUAGAAAUAAAAGCUAAUGCCUUUACUGGCUGGAUGCUUGCUUGGAUGGAUGGCUGUUCUCUGUUUGUUUGACGAAAGAAGGACCGAAAAAAAAGAAGAAAUUAUUAUUAAAAAGGAAGUGUGUGGCUCAGAUUACGACUCACAAAUAAUGAUCAUCUGGUUAAUUUAUGACGAAAGCCAAUAUUAUGGCACAGACCUGAGUAGGGUACUCAAACGUCAAGUAGUUAAUGUAUUCAAAUGAAAAGGAUCAUUUUUCAUACAAAGUGGGAAUAAGGACAUAUUUUGUACAACAUUUAAGCACAUCAUUAUGGUUUAUCCAAAAAUACAUUUAUGUCAGAACCAAUUGAGAAUUACAAACAAAUUUUCGAUUUAAAGUGAGACUACAAACCAUUAAUAAACUCUGUAAAUUAAUUUAGACAAAAGAAUAACUAGCAUAUGAUAUUUUCAAAAAUUUUCCACAACCGACACACGCUUGGUAAACGAAGCGAACAUAAUGCACAUUUCCUGACGAGCUUAAGAAUUUCAGACUCAGACUAAGCUUCAGACACAUGACUAAUUAGCAAACACAGCGCCUAAUCAAGUGGCAAGUAACAUUGACGAGCACGAGACCUCGAUGCUGAGAUGAGAUGCACUGGCUCUGAGAUGCUAUCAGAUGCCCGACUUGAAGGCAAGGCAAGACAAGGCGAAAUGCAAGUGGCCACAGAAUGGAUGUGCCGUACGGAAGCCCACUUAUUAUUCAAAAUAGUUAACACCACCUGAUGCCACCGCAAACACGCACACUCACCAAAUUAGGUUAGUGGGUGAGACGUAUAAUCAACUUAUGGGUCGCAUUGUAUUUUGCAUAAUUAGAUAGAUGGUGUCCGCCUUGACGCCUUCGAGCAACUGACCAAGCAUGAGGACCUAUUUAAGGACAGCUCUCCUUAUGCAAUGACAGCCCGACUGCCCUCCAGCUGCCAGUUCGUCUUGCUUGAUGGCAGUUGAUUUUUCAUUAACGGCUUGUGGUCCGGCUGGUUGGGUUGCUUGGCUGGCUGUGCGCGGUUUCAUUCGAUUUAAUAACUCGCCAUCAAUAAGGUUAAGGUACGGGCUUCCUGUAGCCAAGAUGAAUAUAUUAAUAUUAUUAAAAAAAAUAUAUAUGUGUGCACUCAACAUGAGCUUUAUGAACAUUAAUCUCAUGCAAAUCCCAGCUGUGCAGCUUACAAAUUUAUAUUACGCAUCCGCCAUGUUGUGUUUGUAAAUGUGUGUGUGUGUGUAAAAAUCACUUGUAGAUUAAUCAAAAGUUUUUGAAUAUACAUUUUUUUUUAAAUAAGCAAAUUAAUUUGAAGCUCGAGCAAAAGAAAACGCAAAGAUUUUAAUAAAUUGAAAAACUAGUUCAACUGCCAAGAGCUUACUAUUUUUUUAGCAUAAAUCUCAGUGCUCCUGGCUAAUUGGCCCAAUCAAACUGCUGGCAGUUAAUCAAACUGCCAAGAGCAGGCGACAGUCGCCAGUCGCCAAUUCAAACAAUUAAAAUCAUAAAACUCAUCGCAAAAGCCGCCAAAGCGAACUGAAAUACACAAAGACAAUUGUCAAGAUACAGGACAAGAUAAACGGAACUAAUGCGACCCAAGGAACUGGAUGAGUUUGUGAAAUUAAGAAAAACGCUCGGAAUGCAGCCAGUGUCGAGUGCAACAUCCGGUGCAUAAAUGAAAAUAAAUACCAAGCCGGCUGGCAAACAAACCAGAAAACGAGAACUGUCAGCAGCAGUAGCAGAAACCGGAGAGGCAACUGGAACAGGACCUGAAGCCGUAGUAGCUGGUCACUAGCCAGCGACUGGCCAACGGCCGGUUAAAGCGACAAAUGUUAGCCAAACGGAUGUGUAGAUUAGGCCAGAACAGUUGUCCAUCAGACGUCUAAACAAUAGACUCAAACAAAAACAAAGAGAACACCAACACCAACAGCAGCAACAAUAACAAAUCUGUGCAAUAUGUGCGCAAGCAGAGCAACAACAACUCAAACAAAAACAACAUCCGGCAAUGCGUCGGCUGACCUCAUCGACGGCGACUACUCUGGCAGCAGCAGGAGCAGCAGUUGUCCGUCCUGGCUGGCGCAAGGACAACGUUUAAACUUGCGCAUAUUUAAACUUUUGAUUAGCUGCUGCCUUCUAAUGUGCUGCAUUUAUACAAAUGCCUGGCAAUUGUCCAUUGGCCAACUUGGGGUCAUGGCCGGCAGCAUCAAAGGGCGCGGCGAAACGCAUCGACUGAACGAGAUUGGAGCCGGCUCGUUGACGCGCUCCUGGCUAACGCAGAGCAAUAAUCAUGCCAACAUCUCCGAAUUGUUGGACAAUUUGCUGCGUGGCUAUGAUAAUAGCAUUCGACCGGAUUUCGGUGGUCCACCAGCCACCAUUGAGGUGGACAUAAUGGUGCGUAGUAUGGGUCCAAUAUCAGAAGUGGAUAUGACCUACUCGAUGGACUGUUACUUUCGGCAAUCCUGGGUGGAUAAACGGCUCGCCUUCGAGGGUGCCCAGGACACGCUGGCGCUGUCAGUGUCAAUGCUGGCGCGCAUUUGGAAGCCGGAUACGUAUUUUUACAAUGGCAAACAGAGCUAUUUACACACGAUAACCACCCCGAAUAAGUUUGUGCGCAUCCAUCAGAAUGGGCGUAUUCUGUACUCCAGCCGGCUGACAAUUAAAGCAGGCUGUCCCAUGAAUCUCGCGGAUUUUCCCAUGGACAUACAGAAAUGCCCGCUGAAAUUUGGCUCAUUUGGCUACACCACGUCGGAUGUCAUUUAUCGGUGGAACAAAGAGCGACCGGCAGUUGCCAUUGCUGAGGACAUGAAAUUGUCACAAUUCGAUUUGGUCGAUUGUCCGGCGGGUAAUAUAACGGACAUUGUUUACAAGGCAGCCGCACCGAUGCCCCAGCACUACAACAACAAGGACACGUUCCCAUCCAAGCAGCCGCCCAAUCCCAAUAGCAAGAACUACAACAACAACAACAACAACAAAGUGAUGUCAACUUUUGCGGGCCCGGGUGCCAAAAAUCAACAUGUCCGCGGCACUGGCCUAAAACUAGACAAAGGCGCCUUCGGCUCGGGACGCGGCGUUGCCGGUGGCGGUGGUCUUGUCACGAAUCUGGCGGGCAGCAUCAGCUUGGAAACGCAUCAUCCAUCGGAAUACUCGAUGCUGAUGGUAAAUUUUCAUCUGCAGCGGCACAUGGGCAACUUUCUGAUUCAGGUCUAUGGGCCUUGCUGUCUGCUGGUGGUGCUCAGCUGGGUCUCGUUUUGGCUGAAUCGUGAGGCGACUGCAGAUCGCGUUUCUCUGGGCAUUACCACGGUGCUGACCAUGACAUUUUUGGGCUUGGAAGCACGCACAGAUUUGCCCAAGGUGUCGUAUCCCACAGCGUUGGACUUCUUUGUGUUCCUCUCAUUUGGCUUCAUCUUUGCGACCAUUCUACAAUUCGCAGUUGUCCAUUACUUUACCAAAUAUGGUUCCGGGGAGUGUUACUUUAUUAUUGAGGAGCUGGAGUCGGAUUCGGCCGAAUCUGAAACGGAUGCAGAUGCCAGCGGCCAGUCGGACUUUCGCGGCAGCAGUGAAUCCAAGAUCUAUGAGGUUAUACCGUUGUCCAUGUGCGCCAUCAACAUGCCAGCAUCCGGCAGCAGUCGCCUGGGCAUGCUUCACUCCAGACGCACCACGCGUAAUCGACGCCACGGACUGACGGGCUUCAGCUUCUGGCGCUGCUUGGACUGGUUCAGCUGCCGGCGACGACGGCGUCAGCCACGCAAGGCUACCUGCUCCGAUGAGGAUGAGGAGUACGAUGAACAGACGCAACUGCGUUUCGAUGAGGCGCCCUGCACAUCAGCAGCUGCAGCGGCAGCGGCGGCGGCAACAGCUGCACAAAGCCCACCGCCCACCGUGGGACGCAGGCGCAUGUCCUUCUAUAGGCGCGAGGAGCUGGAGGCGCGCCGCAAGGGCAAACGUACACCGCAAUACAAUUCGGUAUCGAAAAUAGAUCGUGCCUCAAGAAUUGUAUUCCCGUUGCUGUUCUUUCUGAUCAAUGUGUUCUACUGGUACGGCUACCUGUCCAGGAGCUCGCGCAUUUUGGCCAAUACGCCAACGAGCACCUGAUGUUACCUUUUAGCAAUUUAGACACAGUCCCUAAAGAAGUCCAGCGUUCCACAAGGAAGAGCAGCGGCCCUGGGAGAGUGUUAAGCUAUUCGAUCAAGGUGUAUUACGGCUUCAGUUAUUUGCUCUUAACCUGAUUUGCUAACCGCUAUGAACGCUUACUGAGAUUUCUUUACGCGCUAAAUUGCUAAACAUAAAAUGCUAGAUUUACAUAUCACAGGACUACAACUUGUACAUAUAUACAUGGGCAUAUAGCACUAUAUAUAUAUAUGUCAUAUGUAUGUGUAUCUGAUACAUCAAUAUUAUUUGUACAGUUAGCCAAUAAGUUGCCAAUUUACUUGAGCUUUUAAACGCUUUGUUCAAAUACAAUAUAAAUGCUGAUUCUAAUAAGUUCUUGUUAAACGCAUAUUUAUAACAAACCAUUAAAUUGUUCGGUUCGCCCAAAGAGCUUGUCGAGAUAAAAAUGUGCUGGCUAGUAAAAAAAAAAAAAUACAAACCUAUCAGCAAAAAUAUAAUACGAGAAACUGUUGGUUACUAGUAGAAAAUAAAACUCAAAGUAAAAGCUAUUGCACACUAUUAAAGCAUAACAAUUAUAAAAAUUAAAAGCUAAUGGCAUAAAUUUAAUGAGCAUUUCAACUUGCCAGCACAUUGAGUAAAUAUAUAUAUAUAUAUAUGUGUGUAUGUAUUUGUAAUUGAAUGGAACUAAUAAUAUUAUGUACAUACCAAU